ACCCCCCCUCCCUCCCCCUUAAUAAAUGCACCUUUAUAAAGGAUGGGGUUGCACCACUAAAGUUGUCACAGUUUCCCUCUUCAAAGAGAUCACCACCACCUCCCCCUUUCUCUUUCCUCUCUUCUUCUUCUUUCAAACUUCGACACCACCAAAUAUUCACCAAACAAGUAGCAAUGAUGGAGAAGGUGAAUUCCACCAUGGGUUUAGUCCGGACGAAAUCAGACCAGCUAGUGGAAUCAAUGGCGGCAGCCAUGGCGGCGAUGAAAUCACCACCGUCAGGGGACGGGAGUAUGGUGCCUUCUACGGCAGACGGAUCGCGUAAAUCUAGCCGGAGAAUAACCUCUCCAGGGGUGAGUAGACACUACAACAAUAGUCAUAUUAGGAAAACAAGGAGUGCGCAAUUGAAGCUUGAUAUUGAUGACCUUAGCAAUGGGGCUGCCCUUAGUAGAGCGUCUAGUGCUAGCUUGGGACUCUCUUUCUCCUUCACUGGCUUUAGUGUCCCUCCUGAAGAUAUUGCUGAUUCUAAGCCCUUCAGUGACGAUGAUAUCCCUGAAGAUCUUGAAGCGGGAACACGAAAGAAGAGGCUUGAAGCAGAACCAACUUUGCCAAUCUAUUUAAAGUUCAAAGAAGUGACGUACAAGGUUGUUCUGAAAGGAUUAACGACAGCAGAAGAGAAAGAAAUCUUACAUGGAAUUACAGGUUCAGUGAGUCCUGGAGAAGUGCUUGCUCUGAUGGGUCCUUCAGGAAGUGGAAAGACAACGCUUUUGAAUGUGCUUGGAGGAAGGUUAAGGCAGCCCAAAGCUGGUGGUUCAGUUACGUAUAAUGAACAGCAGUACUCAAAGUUCCUGAAAAGCAGGAUAGGAUUUGUGACUCAGGAUGAUGUUCUAUACCCUCACCUUACUGUGAGAGAAACCCUCACAUAUGCUGCAUACCUACGGCUCCCUAAAACAUUAACAAAACAGCAAAAGGAACAACGAGCUAUGGAUGUCAUAUGCGAGCUAGGGUUAGAGAGAUGUCAGGACACAAUGAUAGGCGGUUCCUUUGUUCGUGGAGUUUCAGGUGGAGAGAGAAAGAGAGUUUGUAUUGGUAAUGAGAUUUUAAUCAACCCUUCCCUUCUUUUCCUAGAUGAACCAACCUCGGGUUUGGAUUCUACAACCGCCUUAAGGAUCAUCCAGGUCUUGCAAGAUAUAGCUGAGGAUGGGAAGACGGUCGUAACUACAAUCCACCAACCAUCAAGCAGACUUUUUCACAAGUUUGACAAACUGAUCCUUCUUGGAAAAGGAAGCUUGCUUUACUUUGGAAAGGCAUCGCAAGUGAUGAACUAUUUCUCCACCAUAGGGUGCACCCCUCUGAUAUCCAUGAACCCAGCAGAAUUCCUGCUAGACCUUGCUAAUGGGAACAUAAAUGAUGUAACUGUACCAUCAGAAUUAGAUGAUAAGGUACAGAUAGGUGACCCAGAAACCGAGAAAAACCAUGGUAAACCAUCUGCUGCAGUAAUCCAUGAUUAUCUGGUGGAAUCCUACGAAUCACGGGUAGCAGAGAAGGAAAAGAGGAAGCUUGGAGUUCCUAUACCGAUUAAUGAAGAAAUGAAGUUAAAAUUAACUUCAGCAAAGCGAGAAUGGGGAGCAAGCUGGUGGCAACAAUAUUCAAUCCUAUUCAAGAGAGGAAUCAAAGAGCGAAGACAUGAGUAUUUUAGCUGGCUGCGGAUAACUCAAGUUUUGGCUACUGCAGUUGUACUAGGAUGUCUUUGGUGGCAGUCAGAUAGCAAAACCGAAAAGGGGUUAGAAGAUCAGGCAGGGCUGCUUUUCUUUAUUUCAGUUUUCUGGGGUUUCUUUCCAGUAUUUACAGCGAUUUUUGCGUUUCCUCAAGAAAGAGCCAUGCUUUUAAAAGAAAGAGCGGCUGACAUGUAUCGACUGAGUGCCUAUUUCCUAGCAAGGACGACAAGUGACCUACCACUUGAUCUCGUCCUUCCAGUUCUCUUCCUGCUAGUAGUCUACUUCAUGGCAGGCCUAAGGCUUGACGCUGGGAUUUUUUUCCUAACAGUGCUCACAGUUUUUCUUUGCAUUGUAGCAGCACAGGGACUUGGACUGGCAAUAGGUGCUUCACUAAUGGACAUAAAGAAGGCAACAACUCUAGGUUCUGUAACAGUAAUGACCUUCAUGUUGGCUGGUGGAUACUUUGUAAAGAAAGUUCCAGUAUUCAUAUCUUGGAUCCGUUAUCUUUCUUUCAACUACCAUACCUAUAGGCUGCUUCUAAAAGUCCACUAUGAGAAUCACGUUCGACCAAGAAAUUUGAUGAAAUUUGACAGUGGCCUAAUGGAGGUUGGUGCUCUGGUUGCCAUGGUCUUUGGCUACCGACUGUUAGCAUACAUAGCCCUUAGGAGAAUGCGACUUAAAUGAUAACCUAAAUCCCAACGGAUCAAUUCAUCGGACAACGGAGCCACACAGAAUACAUUUUACUCCGAUAACAGAUGCCUACGAGGGUGAAUCAUGUCAUUGUCAGACUGUCAAACAGUUUAAAGGAUGGGAGAAAGCUAGCCUAGCAAAGAUGCUGAUCCAACUGCAGUUCUCUAAGUACUUUUAGUUAUUACUUCAACAAAGAGCAUAGAGUGGUUACAUGUCAGUUGUCCUAUAAGUGUAGAGAUUAUGUGCAAAAUAUCUCGAGUUAAGCUUCUUUUUCUGGUAAUCUCAGUCUCAAAUUCUCAACUUUAUCCUAUAAAUUAGUGUUAGUUCUCCUAAUUAGUGUAAUUACAUCCAAAUCAUGGGGAAACUGUUAGCUAAUUCAGUGAAAGCAAGACAGUUGAAAUUCAGUUAGUUGGGCUUAUUAAAGAAGAAAAAGAUUUCAUAUAUGUAGAACAGUAAAUGCUCUUUUUUGUACA